ACUCAUCCCAUGUGAUUGGUUGUGGCUCAGCAUGCUCUAUUGUGCCCCGGGGCCGUUUGUUCGCCUGGUUUCCGACACACAAACAAAACUUUCCUGUCAGCCUGGGCAAUAUUUGGCUCCGGAGUGCUUUGACAACCCCCUUGUAAUAUUGGAAUCUCUGACUUUUUCUCUAAAGGGAUAAUAAAGAAAAACAGAGAGAACAGAAGAGAGAGGACAGAAAAGAGAUGACAGAAGAGAGAGGACAGAAGAGAAACAGAUCAGUCAUGUCAGGUGUGCUUGGCAGGAUGUACAGCUUCAUGGGAGGUGGGUUGUUCUGCGCUGGAGUCGGGAACAUACUCCUUAUUAUCUCCACAGCAACCGAUUACUGGAUGCAGUACCGUCAAUCCAACAACUAUAUGCAUCAGGGCCUGUGGCGCUACUGUGUGCCUGGGAAAUGCAUGACACACACAGAUAGCAUUGCGUACUGGGAUGCCACCCGUGCCUUUAUGAUCCUCUCCCUGCUGGCCUGCUUCAUUGGCAUCGUGAUCGGCGUCAUGGCCUUCAUACGCUCCUCCUCCUUCAGUGGGUUUGACAAGACCUUUGCUGCCGGCAUCCUCUUCUUCAUCUCCUGCUUCUUUGUGCUGCUGGCGAUGGCUGUGUACACUGGGGUGACUGUGAAUUACUAUGGGAAACGAUACGGGAACUGGCGUUUCUCCUGGUCCUACAUCAUGGGUUGGGUAGCCGUGGUCCUCACCUUUUUCUCAGGCAUCUUCUACAUGUGUGCCUACAGGAUGCAUGAAUGCCCAAGAAACUCCAACUCACGCUGAUCUGACAAACACACAGUUCACACCUGGGUUUACACACCUAACUACGUAAUUUCCUGUUUACCUGACCACUAUUGAAUAAGCAUAAUAAAAGGAUAAAACCAA